AGCUUCCUUUCAGUGCCAUAGAAGCAAGCUGUAAUUUUGAGGAAGACUUCUGCAACUUUUACCAAGACAAAGAAGGUCCAGGUUGGACCCGAGUGAAAGUAAAGCCAAACAUGUAUCGGACUGGAGACCACACUACAGGCUUAGGUUAUUACUUGCUGGCCAACACGAAAUUUACAUCUCAGCCUGGCUACAUUGGGAGGCUCUAUGGUCCCUCCCUACCAGGAAACUUGCAGUAUUGCCUGCGUUUUCAUUAUGCCAUCUACGGUUUUUUGAAAAUGACUGACACUCUAGCUGUUUAUAUCUUUGAAGAAAACCACGUGGUUCAAGAGAAGAUCUGGUCUGUACUAGAGUCCCCUAGGGGUGUGUGGUUGCAAGCUGAAAUCACCUUUAAGAAGCCCAUGCCUACCAAGGUACAGUAGACUCCAUAUUUUUUUCAUCCCUUUUCACUUGCUGGACUGAGUUAGCUACUGUCAGCUGGAAUGGAUUAUUUUCCUGCUGCUCAAGUUGAUGGCUCUGAGGUAGGAUAGAAUUAAAAACUAGGCAGAAAGGAGACAAGGAAAAUCAUAAUUUCAAAAAUGAAGACUGCAGCUUCA